AUGGCGGGAACACUCGCGCUCAGCACAUUACUUGUUUUGCCUCUGGUAUCUGCUCAAGCUGUUGGCAUACCUGAUGCCCAUCCUCAGCUUGUGACGUACAAAUGCAAGGCGAAUGGAGGUUGUCAGGCACAAGACACAUCUGUCGUUAUUGACUUCACCUUCCACUCUGUCCACGAAAAGAAUAGUAGUACGUCCUGCUAUAAUGGAUCAGUUGACACAAGCCUCUGCCCGGAUACUGAGAUGUGCACCCAAAACUGUGUCGUUGAUGGUGCAGCGAACUAUACGGAAUUUGGCGUUACGGUUGCUGGCAGCUCCUUAACAAUGCAUCAAUACAUGACCGUCAAAGGCGAGACCGAAGUGACUUCCUCACGGCUGUACCUUCUCGAUAAUGCGAGCCAGAAUUAUGCAAAGCUUCAAUUACUCAAUCAGGAGUUCGCCUUUGAUGUUGAUGUCUCGACUCUGGUAUGCGGCAUGAAUGGCGCCUUGUACCUCUCUGAAAUGGACCUUACUGGAGGUCGAAGCACAUCUAGUCCCGCAGGUGCAGCUUAUGGAGCAGGUUAUUGUGAUGCCCAGUGUCCGAAACAAGCAUGGUUCAAUGGAGCCGUUAAUACUCAAGACCUCGGCGCAUGCUGUAAUGAAAUGGAUAUAUGGGAAGCCAAUGCUCUAUCCACGCAGCUUACUCCCCAUCCAUGCACAAAGCCAGGUAUCUACGGAUGCUCUAGUGAUGACUGUGGCUCUAAUGGGGUUUGUGAAGAGUCUGGAUGCGGAUUCAAUCCGUAUGGGCUGGGUCUUCAUAACUAUUACGGGUACGGCGGCAGAAUCGACACAAGCAAGCCAUUCACUGUCGUGACACAAUUCUUGACUAAUGAUAAUACGACGACGGGCACUCUUUCUGAAAUUCGCCGGCUGUAUGUUCAGAAUGGAACUGUGAUCCAGAAUGCCGUUGCGACGGUGGCGCCUUUCGUCGGAACUGACUCUAUCACUGAUAAGUAUUGUGCAAAUGCUGAUAGUGGGUUUGCAUCCCGCGGGGGUUUGAAGACUUCAGGGGAGGCUCUUGAUCGUGGAAUGACGCUGGUGUUCUCUAUCUGGAACGACAAUAGUCAGUUCAUGAACUGGCUUGAUAGUGGAAAUGCAGGGCCAUGUAAUAGCACCGAGGGGAACCCGUCAAUAAUCGAACAAACAGCGCCUUAUACUUCGGUAACAUUUUCGAACAUCAAAUGGGGUGACAUUGGAUCGACGUACAAGUCUACUAGGAGGGCUUGGUGA